AUGACCGAGGACAUAUUUGACUCCAAUCCAGGAAAUUUUCACAACACUCCAGUAUACGCUCAAUGGCACCCAGUUCCACCACAAAAUGUAGAGGCCCGAACCCCCUGCCAAAAAAUGUACAGGCUCACUGCAAUGAGGGAUUCGGGUGGCGCAAGCGACAAAUAUGAGACAGUAACCGAUCCUACUCUUAAUAAUAUUCCCGUGGAAGAUGAACUCGAACGGACUGGAGAGCUGGGGCCUCGGUUGUGGACCGAAUACGAGCGGAUGAUCCAGUAUGAAGCUGCUCGAGUGGAGGGACUUCAAGAAGAACAGAGGUGGGUCAAGCAAGAGGCUGGUGCUGCUCGAGCCAAAAAUAUCAGGGGAACCAGCGCUUUGAAGGGUUAUGGAUGCGGACAGUACGUGACACACCUCGCGCCACUUGUUUCAUUUGAGGCUGUCAAUCCAGUCGAGAAACGGAAGAAAGGUAAAUGCGGAGUUUGGAAGAGACUUGUUAGUGCCAUAUCGGCAUCAUCGAUAUUUAUGUCCAAUUCCAUCGCAGCUAGUGUCGGGAUUAUACCCAGUCAUUCUCCGUUCUUGUUCAUGGUUUUGGGGCACGUUUGUGGAAAAUCAAACGAUAUAAAUCGAUCCAAGCUUGGGUCGAGUAUUCAUACUCUCCCAUAUGUCUGUGAAUUGCCCCGGUACUCGUACCUAGGUAGUUGCGAAUCAAGUGUGAAUAUCCUAUCACGCUCAAAUGAAUUCUCCUGCAGUCUGCAGUACUUGACCAUCAGCACGAGUCCUCAAACAAUUCCAGGAAAGUUAUCGCUCUCUCUAUUUAUUUUGGUUUUGGGUAAAUUUAGAGAGAAGAUUGGAUUCACAACCGGCCAUUUCAAUGGUUCUUAUGAUAAAGUGAUAUUAUCAUUCUCAAAGCGCGUAGGAAGCUCAUUCAAAUCCUGCAACGACGAACUCCUCGUUAGCAUACCAGAAAUAACCAUCAUUGGAAAUUGCUAUUACCUGGGUUCCAUCUCCCAUCUUCUUCUCUCGUCAUUAUUCCCAGCUCCUCAGUCGCACCAAUCAAGGACCAGUCAGAGCCCAUAUUACAACUCCAGCCAAAUCUGUAAUUAUCUGGUCCAUGAUAUAUCCCCUGCUUCUCCUGGCUUCCCUGAUUGUCAUCUCCGCUUGCCGUGCCAUCCGGUGUCAAUUACCCGCCAGUCGUCGAUUAGGGUCGAGGGGAAGGAGGGAGUAGGUGGAGGGUUUAGUUCGUCUUGUAGAUGUGGUAUAGAGUUAGCUGCGAAGGUGUGGGCGAAGCUCACUGCCAUACAAGCGGCUGGGGGGAUUGAGGAAGCGAGUAACUUCACACCCGCUCCGAAGAUUGGUUCUUUGCGGGAAUGGGGGGAUGAGGAGCAGGCUCAGUGGGGUUGGAGAGGAGUGGGAAAAGCAGAAGGAGGGAAUCCCAGUUCCUCAAAGCUAGUAGGGAGAGAGGAGAUGUUUAGAGAGAAGGAUAUGGGAUUUGAAAGUCUGAAGAAGGGAAUGAAGUGGCUCGGUUUCUUUAAAGGGAAGGUUUGGAAUCCAGGGUGGUUUGCACAUGGAGGAUUCAUUUAG